UAUACAUACUAAUAUUAUGUAUAUACUAUGAUGUACGCACGCAUGAAAAUUAAAUGUAAUCGACGAAAUGUUUUCAAAUUGAAUUAAAAUCGAAACCCGUUUGGAAUAAGACCAGUGCGUUCUCUCGUCGCGAGUGUGUGCUCCCCCCCCCCUUCCGGGUCGUUUACCACAGUGCGUUUGUGAGUGCGCCCGUUCGUGUGUGUGUAUGUUGUGUGUGCGGUGCACUUGGUUCGAGCUCGUCCGCGUGUGAAUGCGAGUGCGUGUUGUGUGUACCGCCGCCGCCUCGACAGUGUACUUUCCGUCAUCGUGGUGGUAAUAUUUUAAAAAUAUUAAAAUAAUAAUCGAAUAAGAUCGUAACGACGACGACGCCGAUCGCCCCCAGACGCCGUCGCGCAAACCGGUGCGGUGCGGUGUGGUCCGGGCGUGUGGCCUGAGCUCCGCAGCCGCCGCCGCCACACACCACCGUCGUCGCACAAUCGUCAUCGGGCGCCGUAGCGAUAAGUUCGGCGCGCGGUGACGGUGAAGACGUCGACGACGACGACGACCGUAACGACGUCGUCGACGACUGCGACGACGACGACACCGCUGCGUUCCGUGUCUCCGGCGCUGUAGCUGCCGUGGCAACGGUCAAUGGACGAUAGCCGGCGCACCGGCCCGACAGGAAGAUGACCGCCGGACCCGAUGACCUCGAACUCCUAGCAAAGGUUGGCGGCGGAGAAGGAAGUAGCUGCGGCCGCGGGACGUGACUGCAUCGGGUCGGCGGGAACAUCCGCCGGCAUGGGGAGGCCGCGGUCCCACCACCAUCACCACCAUCACCACCACCAGCAGGCGGACGCGCCCCCCGGGCCGUCGUCCCUGUUCCUGUUCAGCACCGACAACCCCGUCCGCCGGUACACCAGGUUCAUCAUCGAAUGGCCUCCGUUCGAAUAUGCGGUGCUGUUAACCAUCAUAGCCAACUGCGUGGUGUUGGCUCUAGAGGAACAUCUGCCCAGGGGAGACAAGACUGUACUUGCUAAGACUUUGGAGGCAACCGAACUCGUUUUCCUAGCAAUUUUUUGCGUCGAAGCGACUCUCAAAAUAUUAGCUUUAGGUUUUUUACUGCACAGCGGCUCAUAUCUUCGUAAUAUAUGGAACAUUAUGGACUUUUUUGUAGUUGUAACAGGAUGUAUAACACAAAUACCGUCAGCGGCAAACAUGGAUCUGCGGACGCUGCGAGCGAUCCGGGUAUUGAGGCCGCUCAAAUUGGUCUCCGGAAUUCCAAGUCUGCAAGUCGUGCUGAAGUCCAUCAUCAAGGCGAUGGCUCCGCUACUCCAGAUUGGUUUAUUGGUGUUAUUUGCUAUCAUCAUAUUCGCAAUCAUCGGACUGGAGUUUUACUCCGGAGCGUUGCACAAGACUUGCUACAAGUUGGAUAAUCUGAUUGCGAUGGAAAUCGAGGGAGCGAACCCGGCGCCUUGUAACUCGGACUCGGACUCAGACGAGGGAACGAAGCCGUACAACGCGUACUUCUGUGAUAACACGACGUCCACGUGCAUAGAAAACUGGGUAGGUCCCAACUACGGGAUCACGUCGUUCGAUAACAUCGGACUGGCUAUGCUCACCGUUUUCCAAUGCAUCACUAUGGAAGGGUGGACUACCAUCUUGUACUGGAUGAACGAUGCGUACGGCGUGCUAUUCAAUUGGAUAUAUUUUGUACCACUUAUUAUUCUAGGUUCAUUUUUUAUGCUCAAUUUAGUUCUCGGUGUGCUUAGCGGAGAAUUCGCUAAAGAAAGAGAAAAAGUCGAAAACCGGCAAACGUUCUUGAAGCUACGGCGACAGCAACAGCUGGAACGCGAGCUCAAUGGUUAUGUAGACUGGAUAUGCAAAGCCGAAGAGGUCAUCCUGGCCGAAGAACGGACCACCGAUGAGGAGAGAAGACACAUUAUCGAAGCGAGAAGAAGAGCAGACAUAAAAAGGAAAAAACUGAAAACCUUGGGCAAAAGCAAAAGCACCGAAUCCGAGGAAGAGUGCGAGGAAGAAGAAGCCGAUGAAGUGCUUGGUAAAGGCAAAAAAGGUUUCCCUCGCACGCCGACGUUCAAAGACCGAAUGCGAAAAAAAGGCGUUUGCGCUUCCAUGUGGAGAGCUGAAAAACGGUUUAGGUUUUGGAUCAGACGCAUGGUAAAAGCGCAAUGGUUCUAUUGGUUCGUCAUCGUAUUAGUGUUUUUUAAUACAGUGUUCGUCGCCAUCGAACAUCACAAACAACCAGAAUACAUAACGAAUUUUGUCUUUUAUUCUGAGUACGUGUUCCUCAUGCUCUUCAUGGCCGAAAUGUUCAUCAAGAUGUACGCGCUUGGCAUACGGAUAUACUUUGAUUCCGCGUUCAACCGUUUCGAUUGCGUCGUAAUCAUGGGUUCCAUAUUCGAAGUCGUUUGGUCAGCCGUCAAAGGUGGUUCCUUCGGUCUCUCCGUGCUGAGAGCACUUCGAUUGUUACGAAUAUUCAAAGUGACAAAGUAUUGGUCUUCGUUGAGGAACCUCGUGAUAUCGUUACUCAACUCCAUGAGAUCAAUUAUAUCGUUGCUUUUCCUACUGUUCUUGUUCAUACUGAUAUUCGCACUGCUCGGUAUGCAGUUGUUCGGUGGACAGUUCAAUUUCGAGGAAGGAACGCCCCCAACAAACUUCAACACGUUCCCAAUAGCUCUGCUAACCGUGUUUCAGAUUCUUACCGGCGAAGAUUGGAACGAAGUCAUGUACCAAGGCAUUAGAAGUCAAGCACAGACUCAAGGCGGAGGGAUGAUAUACGCUUUAUACUUCAUUAUCUUAGUACUGUUUGGUAACUAUACACUGCUGAACGUGUUUUUGGCCAUUGCCGUCGACAAUUUAGCGAACGCGCAAGAAUUAACAGCUGCCGAAGAAGAACAAGAAGAAGAGGACAAAGAGAAACAACAACAAGAACUCGAGAAAGAAAUGGAAGCAUUACAAAUGAGUACUGACCCGUCCAAGAUGGAAAUGAUACCAACAUCGCCAUCGCAAAAUUCCAGUGUUUCACUUAUCAGACAUCACCGAAAACAUCAUUCGGAUGAGCCCGACAGUAAAGUAGAGGAAGAGGAAGAAGACGAAGGGCCGAAACCCAUGUUACCGUACUCGUCUAUGUUUUUGUUGUCACCUACCAACGGCAUUAGAAGAGCCGCCCAUUGGAUCGUCAAUUUGAGGUAUUUCGAUUUUUUUAUCAUGCUGAUUAUCAUAUUGAGUAGCGUGGCGUUAGCCGCCGAAGAUCCGAUAAACGACGAUUCGGAUUGGAACAAUUAUUUGGACGUAGUCGACAACGUGUUCACAGUGAUUUUUGCCAUAGAAAUGAUACUGAAGAUAAUCGAUCUGGGGGUGAUUUUACAUCCCGGUUCGUACCUUAGGGAGUUUUGGAACAUAAUGGAUGCGGUUGUGGUCAUUUGUGCGUUCGCGUCAUUCAUAUUCCAAAAAGGCGGUGGUUCCGUUGGCACGAACCUGUCGACAAUCAAGUCUCUCCGAGUGCUGCGAGUACUGCGACCGCUGAAGACCAUCAAGCGUGUGCCCAAGCUCAAAGCUGUGUUCGAUUGUGUGGUCAAUUCGCUGAAGAACGUGAUCAACAUACUUAUCGUGUACAUACUGUUUCAUUUCAUCUUUGCCGUCAUUGCUGUUCAGCUGUUCCACGGCAAGUUUUUCUACUGUAACGACAGCAGCAAGUCGGUCAACGGCACAUGCCAGGGUUAUUAUUUCAAAUACGAAGCCGGUGACACGGAAGACGUGAAUUCGCAGAAGUUCAUACCGACCUCUGAGAGGAGGGUAUGGGAUCAACAGGCCUUCUACUACGACAACGUGGCUGUGGCAAUGUUGACGCUGUUCGCCGUCCAAACGGGCGAAGGAUGGCCUCAGGUGUUGCAAAAUUCGAUAGCGGCUACGGAAGAGGACCACGGACCCAUACCGAAUUACCACAUCGAGAGGUCGUUGUUCUACAUAAUUUAUUUUAUCGUGUUUCCUUUCUUCUUCGUCAACAUAUUCGUUGCGUUGAUCAUCAUUACGUUUCAAGAACAGGGAGAGGCCGAACUACAAGAUGGAGAAAUUGAUAAAAACCAGAAAUCGUGUAUAGAUUUUACCAUACAAGCGAGACCGCUGGAGAGGUACAUGCCGAAAGACAGGAACAGCAUGAAAUACAAGAUAUGGCGGCUGGUAGUGUCGACACCGUUCGAAUAUUUCAUCAUGAUACUCAUCGUCUUGAACACGCUGUUACUUAUGAUGAAGUUUUAUCAACAAAAAAAAUCCUACAAGACUGCUCUACAUUACAUGAACAUGGUGUUUACUGGCAUGUUUACCAUUGAGUGCGUGCUCAAAAUUUUGGCGUUUGGAGUCAGGAAUUUUUUUAAAGAUCCAUGGAAUAUUUUCGACUUUAUCACGGUCAUUGGAAGUAUCGUGGACGCGCUGGUCAUCGAAUUUGGGGAACGCCUCGUAUAUGUGUACCGAACUGUGUUCGAGAAAGAUAUAGACACACCCAUACUACCAAAACUGCUGUUCGGAGAAGUUGUGGAGGAAAACUUAAUAAACGUCGGAUUUCUACGUCUUUUCCGGGCCGCAAGACUGAUAAAACUGCUCCGGCAAGGGUACACGAUACGGAUAUUGCUCUGGACGUUCGUCCAGUCGUUCAAAGCUCUGCCAUACGUGUGCCUGCUGAUCGGCAUGUUGUUCUUCAUAUACGCCAUCAUCGGGAUGCAGAUUUUCGGCAACAUUGAGCUGAACCCCAACACGGAAAUAAACAGGCACAACAAUUUCCAAACGUUUGUCCAGGGUCUAAUGCUAUUGUUUCGAUGCGCCACGGGCGAAGCGUGGCCGUCGAUCAUGUUGUCGUGUAAUCACGGGAAAAUGUGCGAGGCUGGUGCCAAGAAGUUGGACAACGAUUGCGGUUCGAACAUGGCGUACAUGUAUUUUGUGUCGUUCAUAUUUUUCUGCUCGUUUCUGAUGUUGAACUUGUUCGUGGCAGUUAUCAUGGACAACUUUGAUUACCUGACUAGAGACUCGUCGAUUCUGGGUGCCCAUCAUCUGGAUGAAUUCGUUCGGAUCUGGGCGGAAUACGACCCAAACGCAACGGGAAAGAUACACUAUACCGAAAUGUACGAUAUGCUCAAAAACAUCGAUCCGCCAUUGGGUUUCGGCAACAAAUGUCCCAACCGUUUGGCUUACAAGAAACUCAUCCGGAUGAACAUGCCGGUCGACCAGGAUGGCAAGGUGCAGUUCACCACAACGCUGUUUGCGCUCAUCCGAGAAAACCUGAGCAUAAAGAUGCGAUGUGCCGAAGAGAUGGACCAGGCGGACGAGGAAUUGAGAGAGACCAUCAGACACAUAUGGCCGUUACAGGCCAGAAAGAUUUUGGACCUGCUCAUUCCGAAAAGCGAUUGUCUGAACGCCGGAAAACUGACGGUAGGCAAGAUAUACGCGGGUCUGUUGAUUUUAGAGAGCUGGAAGUCCACCAGAUUCGGUCAGGUCGAAUCGUCAAAUCCACAGGACAUUGCAGAACAUAGUUCCCCAGAGCCGCACUCAUCAUUCUUCACGUGCCUGAUGGAGGCCGCCGGUGCGACAAAUUGGAACGCGGAACGCGGACAGGACGAGGACGAAAACAGCUGUUUGCUGACCAGGAACAACUCCAGGAGCAGGUCUAAAAAGCGGUAUAUAACGCAAUCCAAACGUUUGAGGAGGAGACGUGGCGAUAUUUUAGAAAAGGUGAUGGAGCUGACGGACGUGGUGAUUUCAUCGCGGAGGCCGUCCGAAGAUUCCAACUCAGACGGACAACAGCCCCAGCACCAGGGUAUGCACUUACAUCCCGGUUACAGGCAGCAGAGAUCUCGAUCGCCGAGCAUACGUAGAGAGCGUCAUACUCCGUCGCCAAUCAGGAGAUACCAUCAACAAUCUCACCACUACCAUCACCACAGUCAUCAUCCGCACGAGAUCGGCUUCAGCGACACUGUGUCCAACGUCGUCGAGAUCGUCAAACAGCUGGAUCAUCGUCGUCAUCCUAGAGGUUCUUGGUCGGCGUCCACGAGUCCAGUCCGGUCACCCAGUCCGGACAGGUCGGAGAGCGGCCGCACGUACUACGGCACCACCAGCUUGGACCAGCGGUCACGUUCCCCUUCUCCGGUGUCGACGAACGGCAGUGGCCGGCACCAGCACCACCACCAGCAACAGCAGCAACACCACCAUCAGCAGCAGCAGCAGCAGCAGCAGCAGCAGCAACAACAACACCAUCAGCAGCAGCAUCACGGAGGAGGCGGCGGCGGUGGGGCAUCGGCUUCGUCGUCCGCCGCCGCCGGGCCGACGUCGUCGAGACAGCAACAACAGCACCAGCAACCCGCGCCGCCGCCGUCGUCGUCGUCGUCCGUGUCUCACCACGGGCCGCACCAGCCGUCGCAGUCGCUGUUGGGCGGCGGCGGCCACGCGACCUCCGUGUCGGCCAUGAUGACUGGAGCGGCCGCGGCGUCGGCGGCCGCGGCGGCCAUGACGAUGCCGCCGCCGUCCGUGCUGGUCAACAGCAGUUACCCCGUGCUGGCCGUGGCCAGUUACAACAGGCGCCGGUUGCCGCCCACGCCCAACAAACCGUCGUCGCUGCAGCUCCGGCCGCCGCACCACUCGGCCUCGAUAAAUUUCCCGAAGCUGAACGCGUCGCCGACGCGCAACCAACCGGCGGCGCUGCCCAAACCUCCGCCCGCGGCCGCGUCGUCCACGUCCACGGCCGCGGCCGUGGCCAGGCAGAGUAUGGCCAUGACGGCCAUGCCCCCGCUCAGCUUCGAGCAAGCCAUGUCGAUCGGCCGCAGCGGCCGGCUGCUGCCGUCGCCGGUGCGCAACGGGUACGCGUCGUCGUCGUCCAAGCAGCAACAACCGUCGUCGGUGUCCGCGAUCAGGCGGCAAAAGAGCGGCGGCGGCGGCGGCGGCGGUGGCGGCAGCGGCAGCGGUGGCCGGGUGAGCAGCCGGCACAGCGAUUCGGACGAGGACGACUGGUGCUAACCCUUGCUGUCUGGUAGUGGCCGUCGCCGCCGCCAUAGCAGCAGCAGCAGCAGCAGCAGCGACGACGACGACAGUAGACUUUUCUGCAGAAGCCGCCAACGACGGCCGCCGCGACGACGGAAAACGACGCUCGUCGGAUCGUUUCGGUCGCCAGCGCCGCGAUCGCCGCGACCGACGAUCGCUGUCGCGUCGUCCUCGUCUUCUUCGUCGUCGCUGUUGGACUACUCCUCGCGCUCUGUUGCGCCGCUGUUGCCGCCGCCGCUGGACAAGCAGCAGUAGCCGCCGCUGCCACCGCCCAAAUUUAUAAAUAUUAACAUAUAUUAUUAUUAUUAUUAUUAUUAUUAUUAUUAUUACCUAAUUAUUAUUAUUAUUAUUAUUAAUAACUAUUUCCGAACUAAAAAAAAAAAAGAAAAACACACGGCUCGUUGUUUUGCGCGUAUACUCUCGUCGUUUUUUUCGUUUUGAAUUUUUUUAAAUAUUGAUUUUUUAACGUACGCGUGCAUUCUCAUCUCGACGGUGUGCGUAACAAUUUGUUAAGAAGUCGAUAAAAUAUGAUAUUAUAUUAUAUUAUAUUUAGUGGAUAAAUAAUAUUGUAUUUCCGCAAAGUGUUGGUUUUGUUUUUUUUUUUGGUUUUAUAAUCUCAUGAACGUAUUUUUAUCAUAACAUACAAAACAAUAAUAAUAAUUGUAUUACAAUCGUCUCGCAGUUUCCGUAUAUUCAGAUUAUAACAUUUUAAAAUAAUAAUAAUAUGUUCAUGUGUAGGUACAUAAUAUACGUUUAUAUUAUAUGCAUACAUUUUUUUUUAUGGCCGGACAUUCCCUUCUUUUCACUCAGUCGUCCCUAAAACCGUACAGCAACCCUCUUACCCACACGAAUGCCACCCAUCACAAUAUUACGUAUAAUGAAACUCACCGUCGUCGUGUUCACCCACACACCCACACAUCACAAGCGUCUCUUAUUAUAUUAUUAUUAUUAUUAUUAUUAUUAUUAUUAUUAUUAUUAUUACAAUUAUUAUCAUGAUGUCGUGUCUCGUUCUAUAUCGCUCUACACUUUACAAUCAUAAUAAUAUAUAACACACAAACAAACACACACACACACACACUCACACUCACACAACAAUAUCGAAUUAUAUUAAAUUAUUAUUAUCGAUCUGUUGAACUAAAAUAAUGAAAUUAUAAAAAACUAAAUAAUAAUUAUCAUUGUAAAUAACAUACCCCCAAUCCACGCGAAUAAAAACUAACUGUAUACAAUAUUAUAUUAUGAAUAUUAUUGUUAUUGCUUAUUUCGUCGCCUUACAAGUAUUAUGUAAAUUAUGAAACGCGUUACAAUUAAUAAUAUAUGAGAUAAAUAUAUAUUUUUUUUUUAAAUAUUCCGCCUCUACAUUCGCGUAAUAAAAUUAUGUUUAUACAUUUUCUUUUUUAAACUAUCUCUACACACCGUUAUGAUUACGACCUUAUACGUAAUAUUUUGGAAUAAAUCGAUUGCAUCUCCCCCUCCACUCGAUAUCGAUUGUUGUAACCUAACCUAAGGUACCUUCUGUACGUUUCGUGGUCCUCACACUUUCGAUACCUAACAAUCUUAACGUUUUCAAAUAAUUUAUUAACAUAUAUACUCUCAAUGCACCAAAAUAAUAAUAAUAUUUCAUAUAUAGGUAGCUGCAACGCGAAAAUUUACUCUCGUUGUUUUCCCAAUAAACGUUUUGGAAAAACUACGAGUAUAAGAUCACGACUGGUGGCUUUUUUCGGCAACAAAUUUCAAUGACCUAACAGAUUUCAAAUUUUUUUUCUCGGAAUUGCGCAAUCAAAGGUCACCCGACCUGUUUUUUGUGAUCUUAUCGUCCGUGAUCGUAUUAUUUUCUUAACAUUUCAUUCACGUCAUAAUAUUAUUAAAAUUGUAUGGGUAUGCGUUGUGUAUGUGAACGAUGGUACAUAUAAUAACAAGAUGUGUUACCCACAUAAAAUAAAGAACUUCGUUCAAUCCUUUAACAUUUUUAUUUUAGUUUUUAAAAAUUCCUCAUGUUCUGCUGAAUAAAAAUAUAUUGUGCAUAAACGGGUUGCCAGCGUACCUCCGUUACAUAGUGAUCAUAAUAUUAUGUUCAUUGUACAAAAUAUCGCUUAUCAUUUUUGGUACAUAGGUGGUAUAGCUAUUAUAUCGGCUACCGCGGUGAGCUGUAAUAACAUUGUAAUGUCAAUUUUCCGGAAAUUCGAAACAAACAGGACGAGACACGUCUUCUUCUCUGCAGUAUCUAUGAUUAUGACGACAAGGGGAUGUCCGCAACAUUGUUUUCGAAAUCGCAUAGAAAAUAGAAAAAAAAACACUUUUUCUCGUCUCAUCGCAGAACGGAGAAAGCGAUAAACAAUAGUAAUUUAUUUGAAAACUCUCAUAUUAUAUUAAUAUUGUACGACACGAUAUACGCCAUAUACACGGUUGUUGGUAUUCACGAUUUGAGGUUCGAAUUUUCCGAACUGUUUGAGACGUCGGAUUUCAUCGGCAGCUGUACGUUAUUCAUCUUAAUCCGAAUUUCGCUUUGCCUAAAAGUACAAAAAGCGCUAAUCUCGGCAAUACGCGUUUUCGUUUUCACCCGUUUCGUUUACAAUACAUUACAACAAUAAUUUAUAGGUACCCAUUAUAAUCAUUAUCACAUGAAAACGCUUUCGUAGACACAGGUUUCAAAAUCGUCGCGAAUUUCUCUAAUCAUAUUUUGUGUGUGUGUAUGUUUAAUUACCGCAUGAUAUAAUGCUAUAUUUCAUGGUUUCUUCGUUUUGUACUUUUGGAGCGUUUAUUAUGAUGUUGUUCAGUAUACUCUAUGUAAUAUUAAAACUAUUAUUAUUAUUAUUAUUAUUAUUAUAUUAUAAAAUAUUAUGCGACCUUAAGUUGCGUGCAAUCGCGUAGGCAACUAUGUUGUACAUUAUAUUAUUACGUUUUGUUAUAUAUUCCGUGUUUCUUUUUGUACAAUAAUAUUGUUCCGUUUCGUUUAUUUUUUUUUUUUGUCAAUCGUUUCAUCUCGUGCGGUUCGGAAACGUAGGUUUUAUAAACCAUAAUAUACUCGUAAUAAUAUAUUUCUCGUACAUAUUGUUUCUAAAUAUUUUCAAUUAUUACAUUUGUUUGUUACCUCUCCUCGUCCAUAGUUAUCCACACACACACACACACACACACACACACACACACACACACACACACAUACACACGUACACAAAACAACAUACACUGGUUUAUCAGAUAAAUACGACAUAUAUAUAGGCGCUGAUUUAAGCAAAGAGCCACCUACUACAAUUUACGAAUAGGUAUGGGUACUCGUUUGAAUGACAUGGUUUUAUUUCGGACAUGAUUGGACACAGCCUAAAGCAUAAAAUGUUAUAAUGAUGAUAUUUUAUGUACCUAUUGUUAAAAGUGAAGUCAUACUUUAAUCGUACAUAAUAAUUAACAUACGACAAUAUUGUAUUAUUGUCGUCAAACUCGCAAACAUCCCCUGUAUGAAUAAUUAGAAGUAUUAUGGAUAAUUAAUUUUAAUCAAUUCUGCAGAGAACAUAAUAAUAUUGUCAUAUUAGUACCUCGGUGGUUUCAAUUGAAUUUCUCACCAAUUUCUUUCACUUGUUGUAUACAGUUAGACGUGUAGACGUGAUUUCGAGCACGGAUCACCCCUCGUACCCCUGGCCUCGUAGGCCUUAAGCCCUAUACCUACUCGUAUGUACCUACUAUGUACAAUGCCAAAGUGCAUACCAGAAACGAUGUUUUCUGCAGAAAGGAUACAUGUCCAUAACUUAAAUUUAUUAAUUUAAAAACAAUUGUAAAACUUUUUUUUACAAAUUAAUGAAAUUUUCAAGUGAUUUACAUAAAUACAGAGUCGACAAUUUUAAAUAGUUUACAUUAACAUUUCAUAAGUUGUUUAGUUUUUCAUCAUUCCUGAAAAAAUUAGGAAAAGUGGACCUGUCCCCUUUCUGCAGUUAACGAUUCAAGUACCUAACCUGCAAAACUCAUGACCUAAUAGUAUAGUAACAUAACAUCGUGUGUGUGUAUGUUUUGAAAACCGAUUAAUCGAAUUAGAACUUUUGAGUAGUAUUCCCAAAAAAGAUUUUUCAUCGAUUUCAGACCACGUACGCGAUAGGCCGAGUAUAUAAUAUUGUAUUAUAUUAAACACGUAAAUAUUAAAUAAAAAAAUAGACAUGAUAGUAUAAUAAUGUUACGUUAUAUUAUUAUGAUGUAUAUUUUGUCCCGAUCUUUCUCUCUCGUCGUCCUCUCUUUAUCUUUCUCUCUUUAACCAUCUAUAAUAUCUAUUCACCGUCUAUAUUUAUAUUUUAUCUCUGUAUUUGUGAAUAAAAUGACUUUGUACAUAGUAUAGGUUUUGUUUAAUUGUUAAUUUAAUUUUUUUUUUUUAAUAAAUACGAUUUUUAAAAAAAAAAUU